AUGCCUAAAGUUGGUGGUGGUUUUGAUAUUGGAAUAUCAGGCAGAGGCAAAGGAGAUAAAGAUAGUGGUAGUGAAACAUCAGAUGGUCAAGGAGGAAGAAUUAAGAGAAAACUGAAAUUGCCUUCUGGUGGUUUUGGAAUAUCUGGUGGCAUCAAAGGACCAAAAGGUGAUGGUGAUAGCAGUGGUAGUGAAACAUCAGAUGGUCAUGGUGGGAGAAUUAAACGAAAGCUCAAAAUGCCUUCUGGUGGUAUUGGUAUUUCUGGUGGUAUCAAAGGACCCAAACCAGACGACAGCGGCAGUUCAACUUCUGAUGGAGAAGGUGGUAGAAUUAAAAGAAAACUAAAGCUUCCAUCCGUAGGAAUGAAAGCCGGAGCCGGGGGGAAAAUAGACAGUGAUUUGAAACAUUCAAAAUCUAAAGAUGAUAGUUCCGAUGAUGAGGGAGGAAAGAAAAAAGGAAAGUUCCAUAUUGGCUUACCAAAGUUUGGAUUCGGAAGUAAAAAGUCUAAAAAGAAAUCAAAGAAAGAAAAAGAUAAGGAAAGUAGUGACAGUGAAACAUCAGAUGGUCAAGGGGGAAGAAUUAAGAGAAAACUGAAAUUGCCUUCUGGUGGUUUUGGUAUUUCUGGUGGUAUCAAAGGUCCCAAAGGUGAUGGUGAUAGCAGUGGUAGUGAAACAUCAGAUGGUCAUGGUGGAAGAAUAAAAAGAAAACUGAAAUUGCCUUCUGGUGGUUUUGGUAUUUCUGGUGGUAUCAAAGGACCCAAAGGUGAUGGUGAUAGCAGUGAUAGUGAAACAUCAGAUGGUCAAGGACCCAAAGGUGAUGGUGAUAGCAGUGGUAGUGAAACAUCAGAUGGUCAUGGUGGAAGAAUAAAAAGAAAACUGAAAUUGCCUUCUGGUGGUUUUGGAAUAUCUGGUGGCAUCAAAGGUCCAAAAGGUGAUGGUGAUAGCAGUGGUAGUGAAACAUCAGAUGGUCAUGGUGGAAGAAUUAAACGAAGGCUCAAAAUGCCUUCCGGCGGCUUUGGGAUAUCUGGUGGUAUCAAAGGACCCAAAGGUGAUGGUGAUAGCAGUGGUAGUGAAACAUCAGAUGGUCAUGGUGGAAGAAUAAAAAGAAAACUGAAAUUGCCUUCUGGUGGUUUUGGUAUUUCUGGUGGUAUCAAAGGACCCAAAGGUGAUGGUGAUAGCAGUGGUAGUGAAACAUCAGAUGGUCAUGGUGGAAGAAUAAAAAGAAAAUUGAAAUUGCCUUCUGGUGGUUUUGGUAUUUCUGGUGGUAUCAAAGGACCCAAAGGUGAUGGUGAUAGCAGUGAUAGUGAAACAUCAGAUGGUCAAGGUGGAAGAAUAAAAAGAAAACUGAAAUUGCCUUCUGGUGGUUUUGGUAUUUCUGGUGGUAUCAAAGGACCCAAAGGUGAUGGUGAUAGCAGUGGUAAUGAAACAUCAGAUGGUCAUGGUGGAAGAAUUAAACGAAGGCUCAAAAUGCCUUCCGGCGGCUUUGGGAUAUCUGGUGGUAUCAAAGGACCAAAAGGUGAUGGUGAUAGCAGUGGUAGCGAAACAUCAGAUGGUCAUGGUGGAAGAAUUAAACGAAAGCUCAAAAUGCCUUCUGGUGGGUUUGGGAUAUCUGGUGGUAUCAAAGGACCAAAAGGUGAUGGUGAUAGCAGUGGUAGCGAAACAUCAGAUGGUCAUGGUGGAAGAAUUAAACGAAAGCUCAAAAUGCCUUCUGGUGGUUUUGGGAUAUCUGGUGGUAUCAAAGGACCCAAAGGUGAUGGUGAUAGCAGUGGUAGUGAAACAUCAGAUGGUCAUGGUGGAAGAAUUAAACGAAAGCUCAAAAUGCCUUCUGGUGGUUUUGGGAUAUCUGGUGGUAUCAAAGGUCCAAAAGGUGAUGGUGAUAGCAGUGGUAGUGAAACAUCAGAUGGUCAUGGUGGAAGAAUUAAACGAAAGCUCAAAAUGCCUUCUGGUGGGUUUGGGAUAUCUGGUGGUAUGAAAGGUCCAAAAGGUGAUGGUGAUAGCAGUGGUAGUGAAACAUCAGACGGUCAUGGUGGCCGAAUAAAACGAAAGCUCAAAAUGCCUUCUGGUGGUUUUGGCAUCUCUGGUGGUAUCAAAGGAUCGAAGGGUGACGGCAGCGAUAGUGACACAUCUGAUGGUAAUGGUGGUAGAAUCAAACGUAAAGUGAAAGUGCCAGAAGUGGCAGUUGAAGGGGAUAUAAAAGGAAAGGGAAAGAAAAAGAAGUUCGGUUUACUGAAAUUCGGAUUUGGUGGCGGCGGCAGCAAAAAGGAUAAAAAGUUAAAAGCAAAGAAAGAGAUUGCCAAUGACAUAUCCGAUGAUGAUAAUGAACAUGAAAUAAAUAAGAAAUUUGAAAUACCGACGUUGGAUAUGGACGUAAAAGCAGUCAAACCGGACGACAGUGGUAGCGAGACCUCGGACGGACAUGGUGGAAGAAUAAAACGUAAGCUCAAAAUGCCUUCUGGUGGUUUUGGAAUAUCUGGUGGUAUCAAAGGUCCAAAAGAGAGGUGAUGGUGAUAGCAGUGGUAGCGAGACGUCUGAUGGUGAAGGUGGUAGAAUUAAACGAAAGUUGAAACUUCCUGGAUUUGGUAUCUCCGGUGGUGUGAAGGACAAGGGAGAUAGUGACAGUGAAACAUCAGAUGGAGAAGGAGGAAGAGUUAAAAGAAAACUGAAAUUGCCCAAGGUUGGAUUUGGUUUCUCCGGUGGCCUCAGUGGAUCAAAAGACGAUGACAGCAGCGGUAGUGAGACGUCUGAUGGUCAGGGAGGAAGAAUUAAAAGAAGACUAA